AUGGCGAGUUCGUGACCACGUGUUGAAUGGCGGUAGGAAGACAUUCUUUAACGGUGGAAAUCGUACCUCCUCUCCUUUUUCACAAGUUUCGACCAGAUAUCGCUUCAGCAACGUGUUUUCCUUCCUUUGCAUUAUUGGUGAUCUUGGUCGGAAUUGGCUGAGGAUCGCCGGAUGUAAUUCGUGAGCUGCCGAUUGUAUCUGAACGUCGGUUGUUCCCACAGCCGAAGGCCUACGCGGUUCGGAAACGCCAAGGAACUUGUGUAGGCCUUCAAUGCACCGUCGGCUAUGCCCGUAUAAGCAAAUGACGACAAAAAGAAGGGUGACGAUAUAUACGAAAAAUGAAUGGCGAAUUUUUAUUAGUAGCCCUCAUGACCAUACUCCCGACCGAUAAUGACCGGUUGGAUCACACACAAACCGGAGAAGAAAGGAAAAGGAAAAAAAAAGUGGCUGCCGCGGACUGAGAGUGGUCCAUCAAAUUUGUGUUACAACCCAUUCGGAUCGAGAGGUGAUGGCACUUUCGGACGACACAAACCAGAAGAAGAAGAAAAAAAAAAAAACUGCUUUUUCCUAACACGGCACACACAGUCGUCGGGAAAAAAGACACACGGCACACACACACACAGCCGUCUAAAACUACUACCGAGAGUGUAGAAGAUGAAAAAGAAAGGAAAUAAAACAACCUGCUGCUGUUUUUCCAGACGAAGAUGAGAUAUUAUUGGCCAUCAAGAAAGCAAUAAUCUUAAGCGACAGGUAGCUCAAGAGGACCAGAACACAGUGUGAUUAAAAUAUUGAGAACGUCAUCGAAUUUCAAAGAAUAUUCGAUCCCAGUUUGUUGAUUGUUGUUCGAGUCUUCUGAGUUUCGCUGUUUUUAUUCGCGUUCGUCCGAAGUUUCAGUUUUCUCGUUGGGGGUGCCGGUGGUGCUUUUGCUGGUUCAAGUUUUGGAGGUUUUCUUGGUUGUUCACAUUUUUUUGAAACCCUUCAACGUUUCGGUCGUGGACGCAGUCGUGUCCACUACCCUCCAAGCAGCCACGAAAAUUGAUCCGACGGCCAUAAUGAGUUCUAAGUUUUUGGACAGCAUGCUGACCAAAUACCAAGCGGAGGCGGCCGGUGCGGCAGCCGUUGCUGCCGGAGGUUCUAGCUACUCGUCACAACACGCUCGGAUGUAUCCGUACGUCUCUGCCAUGGGCCAGAGCGGCUUCCCUGGAGGCGUGGCGGGCUAUUCCAAUGCGUUGGCCAACGCGGCCGAAUCGGCGGCGGCUGCCACUGCAGCAGCCGCUCAAGCCGACAAGCAGUGUCGAUACACGGGCAGUGCAGCUGCUGCUGCAUCUAUGGCGGAAGCCAUGGUCAACUAUUCUCUGGGUGCGGCGCACCAAAAUGGCGUAGCCGGAGCGGCAGCGGCCAGUAUGGCCCAAGCGGCAGCGGCUAAUUUUUAUCAGCAAGCGGCGAGCGCCGGAGGUGCAGCGGCCGCUGCGGCUGCUGCAGCCGUCGGUGUCGAUCCCAACAACCCGCUGUCGGCCUGUUCGCAAGGCGGACCACCAGCUGGACUUGGCGCCCUGACCGGCGUUCAUUCCGGCGGUGGGCCAGACAUUCCGCGCUACCCAUGGAUGUCCAUCACCGGUUCUUUCGCCUCUCACGACGGUUUCUCACACGCUGGAAUCUGCUCAGGACCUAAUGGCUGCCCGAGAAGGAGAGGCCGCCAGACUUACACGCGCUACCAGACGCUCGAAUUGGAGAAAGAGUUUCACUUUAAUCACUACUUGACGCGGCGGAGGCGGAUCGAAAUCGCUCACGCCCUUUGCCUGACGGAGCGUCAAAUCAAAAUUUGGUUUCAAAAUCGACGCAUGAAGCUCAAGAAGGAGCUCAGAGCCGUCAAGGAAAUUAACGAGCAGGCCCGUCGUGAGCGCGAGGAGCAGGAGAGUUCGAUCCGCAAUAGCGCGGGAGACCACCACGACGGCGGUCACAAGAGCAAACAUCAGCAGCAUCAUCACGCUUCGUCUUCGCAUCACCAGCAGCAGCAACAUCACGGACAGCAGCAGCAACUGGGCCAGCCGGACAGACAUCACGUCCAUCAUCACGAUUUGCUGCAAGCCGCCGCUACGGCCAACUACGCGGCCGACAUCAGCAAAAUGGCCGCCAAGAGCCUGACAUAAAAGCUUUUCAAAUAGCCCAGGUGACAACAACAAAACAUUCACAUAAUAAUCGCCAUUGAAACAACAAAACAAAGAGAUAAGGCGGCCAACCACUAUCCGAUUAUUAUUAUUUUUUUUUUUUGAACUACUUCCGUUUCAAUCCAAUACCCUCACGCAUACGUAUACUCUAUGACACUCCCAGUGAAGUUAUUAUUUGAUACUCUUUGAUGACCACCUCGCGAAAAAAAAAAAGAAAUGCGCCAACAUUUCUGCACCUCCCAGUCCACCCACUUUUUUUUUUUUCAUUUGACAUUUUUCUUUUUCGUAAUAACUAUUUCCCAUUUUUUUUUCCCCUUCUUUUUUUUUUUAUGUGUAUGUGGUACACAUUUAUAUGUUUUUUUUUUCCGUUUCUUUUGACCAACCAAAAGAACGACCGUCGAACGCACACACAAAAAAAAAGGGACGGUAAUAAUUGCUUUGCCGGAACCGCAUUAUCUGUGGGCGGAACCGAUUUUUCUUUUUUUUUUCUUUUUCUUGAAGCGCCGCAUAAUCGAAGUGGUGAGCUCUCGUUCCCUCCAUUCUGUUACCACAACAUUUUUCUUCUUUUUUUUUUCUCUCUUUUUUCCCGAACCUCAUCAACACCUGGAGUCGCCCAUUUUGAACAUUAAAGAAGAAGAAGAAGAAAAUGAGCGGCUUCAUUGCGGCGCAUCCUGUCGCUUUUAUUUCCGUUUCUCCAGCAGGGAGUCCAGAUCAAAUCCGCCGGCUUAAUGUUAUAAUCCAAAAAAAGAGAAGAAGAAGAAGAAGAAAUUCCAAAGGAAAAAAAAGGGGGGGGGGGAAAACACACGAAAAGAAGAUAACUAAUGUGACUUGUAUGCACCAACGCCAUCUGAAAAAAAAAAAAGAGGAACACCUUCCAAACCACAGACACGACACACACAAAAAUAAGGGAAGAACUUUGAACUGCUUUUUACUACAAAAGCCCUCGGCCUUCUUCCCCCUUUUUUUUUUAAAUGUAAUUCUACAUCUCUCAGUUCACUUGACUCCCCUCCACCGAUUGCCAUUACCGCUACCUUCCUCUCUCCUUCCCCUCUUUCCCCGUUGGAAACAAAUGGCCACCACCACCGCCAGUUCUUUUCUUUCUAUUCACGGUCGGACAGAGACACAUCCAUCACCAUUUGUUGUGGACGAAAGGAAGAUUUUUUUUGUUUUGUUCGUCCGUCUCCCGAUGCCGUUCCAGGCCGUUUGAUCCAUCUCCUUCUUUUGUCUCUUCUCAACACGACUCCCGAUGGACUGCCUAUACUACACCCACCGGAAAAGAGGAAGACAAAGAAAACAGAAGAAAAAAAGAGAAAAAAAGGAACGUGAGCAUAUACACACAGACACAUUUGGAUUCCACCCCCCCUUUCUACACACUCUACUCCGGUUCCAAUCAGCAAUUUGAUUAUCGAUGAUGAGAUGGCUCGAGCGAGAGAUGAUUGCGUGUGAAGCCAUCCGCGAAACGGGCACAAACGGCCUCGUAUAUACCACUAUACUACUAUGCAGUGCUACAGUCCAGUCACAACAAACCCCCGCGGAGGAUCGCCUGUGUAUGUAGAAUGAUUGGUUGGCUCACCGUCGGCCAAUGGCCGUCUCUGGUUCAGUCGUUCGGGGGGCCUGCAGUAUGGACCGGUGUUCAUCGCGUGUACCAAUGCCAUUGACCUUUAUUUUUUAUUUUUGUUUUCUCUCUCUUUUUCUGUCCAUUUCAACUGUCUUUACAAGUUUCUAGAAAAGCGCUGCAAUCGCUUUGAAAUGUUUGAAACGAUUGUUGCGUAUUGUUGGCGUUUUGUGGGUUUGAUUUUCAUAUUCAUAUUUUGGUGCGUGCGAGCGUUGUUUUUCAAAAGAGUUUUUUCUACGUCAACUCGGCGAUUGGGCAAAGGCCAAAGUUCGUCAUUGAAAAAAUUAUCGGGCAUCCCGAUAGAAGCCCCACCUAACCGAGUCAAUCCGAGAAGAAAAGCAAACAGCACGAUUGAGAAAAUAAUGUUCAACUAAACAGGGAAUUUUCACAAAAAAUACGUAAAUUGAAAAAAACACAAAUUUUAGUUAGUGGUUGGCCCGUCCCUCCCCCCCCUCCCCUCUUAAACACUUAUAUACGUAAUGUUCUGAUCUGUGUUGCGCGAAACUAUGAAUACGUAAAAAGAAAAUGUAGUCAUCACAAUUAAGCCGAAUGCGCGAUGAUGGCGAUUUCAGGAGCUUCGUGAUCCUGUUCAAUUCUUUUUUUUUUUUUGGUGAGGCAUUUUGUUGAAAAACUUGGAAGAGCGGAAAAUAUCCGCUAAAAUUGAUGAACUUAUUAUACGUAAAAGAAAACAUUGUUGUUCAAACUUUGUUUUUGAAACCCUUUUUUUUUUAUUUUUCUAUCCGAUCCGGGAUGGAAAAACAAAAAAAGGAACGAGACAAACAAAAAAGAAAAGAUAAAUGGAACAGAAAUACGUAAUGCAUUUGUACAACCGCUGUUGUUUUCUUUUUUUUUUCCUUUUUUCGAGUUCUUUUUUUUUGGGGCGCUUUUUAUUAUUAUUAUGAUGAUGAUGAUGAUUAUAUUCGCUAACAUUUGUUGUGUUUUGUCCGUGUGUGUGGGUGGGUUUUUCGCCGUCGUCGUGUGUCCGUCUUGUUAUGUAUUCUCGUCCGUGUGGAUGUUUGGGAAUUAUUAUUCGUGAGCGUGCUGACCGUGUGGAUGUCCCGCAAUGCGUGUACCCGCGUGCGUUCGAUUUCUCUCUCCCUUCGCAAUUUCUUUUAUAACUGGAUCGCGUGUAAUAGCCGAUCAGCUGUUUCAUUUUCUUUCUUUCCUAAUCGGCACACAUUUUGGGGGUCAAUUUUCAUGGGGGAGACGUUGCAAUUUCGGGGGAGGGUUGGAAUUAAAAUCAACUUUAAUUGCGCAAUUUUUUUUUUUAAAGAGGGAGUUACAAAGUGGUGAAAGGCGAGGGAUGAAUGGAAGGAAGAAAAGGGUUCAAAAAUGAAAAAGCAAACGUUAAUUAGUUUUUGUUUCUUUCAUUUUAAUUAUUUUUUUCUUUUAUUGAUGGGGGGAGUCCGUGCGGAAGCUUUUCAUAUUUUCAUCCGUCGUUUCCACGUCUCACUUGACUGGCCUUUUUAUCUUUUUUUAUUUUAUUUUACAGCUAUUGAGCCAUUCCCAUCCGCCCAUUUCACUCUCGUCAAUCGCCACUUUCUCGCAACACCCUUUUCUAUAUUAUUAGUAUUAUUAUACAUAUAGAUCCUUCAACUGUUCAAUAGGAAUAUUUACUCAUUUUUCAGUAUAUCUACAGUUAAAACAAACUAAAGUUUAGCAAUUCGCUUGUGAUAGGCCAACAAACAAACCCGCACACACAACAUUUUUUGAACUGCCCUCGUUCACCUAAAAUCUCCUUUCACCUAUUAUUAUUUUUAUUCUGUAGCCAAUUCAGUAUUGUUUUUAUCUGUGUUUUAUUUAUUUUUUAUUUUUUUUUAUUCAAACUUUCAUUUUGGGGCUUCGUUUUUACACGCGCCUCAAACAGACCGUUCGAUUGCGUAACCAAUGCCGUCACGUUUCUAACGUAUCUCCUUUUCGGGAGUUCCGUGAUUCUCUCGAAAAAAAAUGUUUUAAUUCUUACAAAAAAGAAAAACAAAGGCAAUCCCCUCCCUCUCCCCCCCUUUUGAAGAAAGAAAUCCUGCGAGUAUACGUCAUUGUGAUUGUGUACUACAUCUGUGCGCCCAUUUAUGUCUUCACCCUUCAUUUCUCUUCCCCCACUUUAAAUUUUGGUCCCGAUGAUUCCAAUUUCAAUCGUGAAAAAAACCCGCCAUGACAAACAAAGCAAACGUUAUCCCUUUUUUUUGUGUUGAUGAUUGAUGAUAAUAACGCAAAUACGUAAACAUUCGAGACCGAUACCAAAGGUCUCGAGCCAGUUAUUAAAAUUAGACAACCAAAAAGUAAACAAAAAUACGUACAUUGAUGAUCGUCCGUGAUGAUCAAGUGAACAAGUGUUUAAUUCAUUUAAUCUGUUUGUUUUUUCUUUAAUUCUUUUAUUUUAUUUUUUGAAUGAAUUCGAAUUGUUCUCCUAUAAUCGUCGCAACCCAACACAAAUGCAGGCUAAAAAGAAACGAAAAUACGUAAAACAUUGAGAUCAAUACUCGAGAGUAUCUUAUAGCCUUAUAAAGGUGUUUUUUUUUUUUCUAACUUUUUUUUUUCUGUACUAAUUCCUUUGCAAUUGAGUUUUUUUGUUGUUGUUGUUGCUGUUGUUGUGUAUGUUUCAUUUUCUCGGUAGGUUCUUGUUGUUCGCUCCCCCGGGUGAUUGAUUUUGUCUUGGUAUGAAUCCCGCUAAUUAACUUGUAUUUGUUUUUUAAAGAUUAUGGGGGGGGGGGGGAAGCAUUUAGAGGCCAAUGCAGGACUUUUGUACUAUCGAAGCGUCCGAGCUAAGUUUUCUUUUUUUCUUUCUUUGUUCUUACAAUUAAAACCAACAAGGUUUUUGUUUUUGACUUUUCUAGGAAUAUCUGAUCAUGUUAUGAAUGUCUGUUGAAUGACUAUUUUCCUUCAGUUAUUUUUUCAUUCGUUUUUUAUUUUUGAAUAGGGAAAUCAACCGAGGGAUGAAUCUUUUCAAGUAAAUUGAAACCUCAUCACAUCUUUUUUUUUCUUUUUCUUUUUUUGGUUUUUGUUUAAAGAACAAGUUUUCGAUAGUGCGACGGUGUCUCUUUGCGUGAAUGCGUGCGUGUCCCGGAUGAUUUAAAAAAAUGUUCAAGUUUAGAAAAAAAAAACGAAAAACCUCUCGCGACCGAAUUAAAUUGUCAUCGUUGCUUCUAGACAUUCUUUCAACUCUUUUGGUUCUCCUCCUUUUUCCCUCUGACUCUGUCUCUACGCGUUCGUCAGACGCACCGCUUCUCACGUAGCUGGUUGUCUAUAAACGGAGUAGGGAAAGGGAGAAAAAGUGGAGGAUCUUUGAAGAGAAAAUGGAAAGAGAAACGAUGACCCCCCACGCAGACAGCUUUUUUCUCUUUCUUUCUAGACAAACAAAAAAAAAAUGAGAAAAGAAAAGAAAAAAAAAAGGAC